UGUCAGUAGGCUCGCGGUUACGGUUGAGUGUCGAGUGCGUUCAGUUCGCCACACGGACCUGUAAAUACUCCCUCGUUCGCACACGCGCCGCCGACGAACUCUCUUCGCAAAAGCAACCACACACGCACGCACCGCCAUCAUGACUGUUGAUGCUGAACAUCCCAUCUACGGCCCGUUCUUCGGCGUCAUGGGCGCCGCGUCGGCGAUCAUAUUCAGCGCUUUGGGCGCUGCUUAUGGCACAGCCAAGUCCGGCACCGGUAUCGCGGCAAUGUCCGUGAUGCGGCCGGAGUUGAUCAUGAAGUCCAUCAUUCCCGUGGUCAUGGCUGGUAUCAUUGCCAUUUACGGUCUGGUCGUGGCCGUCCUCAUCGCUGGUGCGCUGGGAGAGCCAGCAGAGUACAGUCUGUAUAAUGGUUUUAUCCAUCUGGGAGCCGGUCUAUCGGUAGGCUUCUCCGGUCUGGCGGCUGGUUUCGCCAUUGGCAUCGUCGGCGACGCCGGCGUGCGCGGCACAGCUCAACAGCCGCGCCUCUUCGUCGGCAUGAUCCUCAUCCUCAUUUUCGCCGAAGUGUUGGGUCUCUACGGUCUCAUCGUCGCCAUCUACCUCUACACGAAAUAAGUUAUUCGCUCGCGACUACAUGCCCCUUACCUGAAUCCCCAUCCCUACCUCCUGCCGAUUCAUUUUAGCAGCGUAGUAUUAACCUACAACCACCACCAACCGCAAAAAAACAGCAAGAAACGAACGAGUGAGGGUACGACAGCUGUACGACAAGUUGCAGACAUUCAUUUUCGAUUGCAAACCACCACAUAUACACCCACACUAGCUAUACAAACGGCUUGAAACUAAAACUAAACAUGUUACUAUACGAAGAUGAUCAGAUGAGACAAAAUGCGCUACUUAUUUAAAAAGAAAAAUGAAAAAAACGCGAGUAUGUAUAGAUAUAUCAUGUUAGGCAACCCCCUAUUCGAUUGUUCAUCCGAUCUUUUUACACGUGUACAUUCGGUUGAUUUUAUUCUUCGUAUUCUUUAUAUUAAUUCGGUCCAUUUUUUACAUAGACAUGCGCGCGCACAUCCCGUCCUUGUUUUCUCUUAGAUUAAUUCAAUUAUUUUGUUUACACUCACACACACACACAACAAACACCGGUCAACUAAAAUCGCGUUAAAUGUAAUGUGUAAAUGAUAAUAUGAAAAUAGUUGCCACAUGUAUUUCCAAUUUACUAAUAAUUAAUUCUAAUGAUAAUUGAAUAAUUCCAAAAAAUUUAAACAAAUCGUAAAACAAUUGAUGAUAUGUGACGAGAUGACGCUCUAGCUGAAGAGACAAGACCCGUUCUGUUUUCAUGUUUAGUCUUCUUCUUCUUUAGUUUGAUUUUUUGAUUAUUUGUUCUGUUACAAUUUAUUUAGUCUGUGAAUAUUAUAAACUAUUAUUAAUAAAUAUAUUAUAUAUAGAUGAAUGAUCAAGACGAAACAAAACAGUACACGAUACACACAAGACACACACGCAGAGAUGAUAACCAUGCUGACCGCGAGAGAUUUUUAAAUACAUACAUAAUUGUUUUUAAUGUUUAAAUGUAAAAAAAAAACGCAAGUGGAAAAGGAAAACUUUAAAAAGAAACCAUGUUUGUAUCAUAAUGUACCGACGUGCGUUGCGCUAGCGCGCGUGCGCGGCUGGCUUACACGUUGUGACAUCCGCAGGUCGCGUGGCAACGCACUUCGAUUAAUUAUUGUAUAGUUCUUAUUGUAGUGUAUACUUGAUUAGUAUAAAUGAGAGAAGAGAAAAACAAAUACGAUAAAUAAACGAGAGAAGAAAAUAACAGGACGCGUGUUCUGAUUCGCGACGCGAUUCUACUCCAAAAACACAAAAUGGCGACCGUAUUUACUGAUGGCACGCAGCAGUAGUUGUUUCUCGUGGAGGAGGACUCAAUCAAUAUUGUACGACAUGAUGAAUUCGUAUCUCUAGAGCACAAAUUGUUUAUUGUGGUUAUGUUUUGUGCAUAUUCAUUGAUUUUAUAAAUGAAAAUGUUUACGAUUACCAACUUAGGAAGACACACACUUGUAGGUUUCAUUCGUUGUGAACAUUUUGGCGACAUAUCACGUUGAUUUCGUUCGAUGAGAUUUGUAGAAAAUGUUUAGUCAUGUAGCCGCCAUGUUUUUUUCUGGUUUUGUUGAUUUUUUGUUUGUUGCGUCGACGGCGACAUUUGUAAUCAAUCCCACACAAGAAAACGGUUCACAACAAUUGCUACCACAGCAUAUUACCACAUAAUAUGAUGAUAUGAAUAUACAAGAUACAAAUAAAACCAGUUUAGUAAACUCAAAACGAUGAACGAUUGUUGUAAAUAAUUCUUAAUGCGAUAUGUAAGUAAUGAACACAGUCUUAAGUUGAAACAAACGUAAGUAAACGACGAGAUGAGCAACCCUAACUAAUUAUAUACAUACAAAUAUGAAUAUUCAAUGUGUAACUAUUAAUGGUUUUGAUGUUGAUGUAAAUUAAACAGAAAUUAAACUGCA